GCACAACCGUUUGUUCACUUUUCUUGUAAGAAAGCCUUAUCGUUCCAUAAACCUCUCACUCAACUCUCUCUAUCUCUUCAUCCAUGGCUUCUGCUACUUCAGCUGCAAGUACUUCUUCACUUCACUUCCUAUCUCUCACACCCACCAAGUCUUACUCUGCCAAGCCCUUCUGUAAUUCACUCUCCCCCAUCUCCAUCAUCACCAACAAGCCACUUUCCAUUAAAUUCUCUCGAGCCUCACCGCAUUCUCGGCUGCUUAAGUUGGCUGUUUCUUCUGACUUUGGAGUUGAAGUGGAUGAGGCAAGUGAUGCUGUUGCUGAAGAACAGGGUGAGAUCAGUGAAGUGGGAGGUGAAGAAGAAGAGCCGGCGAGAGAAGCUUCUUUCUCUCCUGACCUCAAGAUCUUUGUGGGGAACUUGCCUUUUAGCUGUGAUAGUGCCACUCUUGCUGGCCUUUUUGAGUCUUCUGGCAAUGUCGAAAUGGUUGAGGUUAUAUAUGACAAAAUUUCCGGAAGAAGUCGUGGAUUUGGGUUUGUUACAAUGUCGUCAGUGGAAGAAGUGCAAGCAGCUGUCGAACAGUUCAAUGGCUACGAACUCGAUGGUAGACCACUGCGGGUGAAUUCUGGGCCUCCUCCUCCUAGAGAAGAUAAUCCUUUUAGAGCACCUAGGAGUGGUGGAAGGAGUUUUGAUAACACUAACAGGGUAUAUGUUGGAAAUCUGUCCUGGGGUGUUGACAAUUUGGCACUUGAGACCUUGUUCAGUGAACAGGGUAAGGUUAUGGAAGCCAAGGUUGUCUAUGACAGGGAAAGUGGUAGAUCAAGGGGCUUUGGAUUUGUAACUUAUGGUUCUGCCAACGAGGUUAAUCGUGCAAUUGAUGCAUUGAAUGGUGCUGAUCUUGAUGGCAGACAAAUCCGUGUCAGUGUUGCUGAAGCUCCAGCGAUGCGACGUCAAUAUUAAGUAUCGAAUCUCUUCUGCUGUACCUUAACCAAGAAAUUGGAGAUUUGGAGGUUCAGGGGGACUAAUACGCGGUGCAAAACUUUGAAGCUUUAUCAGAUGACAGAAUUUCGAAGAGCCCCAAGACCAGAAGUGCAAGCAAUGAGUGGUAUCUAUCAUGUCUAUACUAAGUACUAACAAGAGACUGGCACUGUGCAAAAUUUUUGUGAAGUAUGCACUAUACAGUAUGCUUUGGACAAGAUGUUAAUUUGUAAUAUUUUGUUUUGAGUACUUCACUAGGGUAGCCAAAUGUAUUAGCUAGUCAUAUGACUUUCCAGUAAAUUUUUUGUGAAAUAAAAGAAGUGAUUAUUAGUUA